AUGGCCAACCUGGUUUUCAUCCUCGCCGUUCUCGGCUACCUCAUCACCAAUAUUGGUGGCCUCAAGGUACCCAUGGCUGGCAACGAUCUCAUGAGCACCACUUGUACUGUUCAGCAUGAUGCCGCGGACGCUAGCCCUGUCAACAUUGCUGGAAGAAACCAGGAUGUGUGGAACCCCCCAAACCACACCCUCCUGAACAACCCUGUGCCUCAUGCCAGCAGCUCCGGCCAGCCUCCCGCCACCCCAACUGCUGACAACCCCCCCGGUGUUCCAACUCCUUCUGGCACUGUUAUUUGCUGGCGGUUCCCAGACACAAACAUUUUCUACACUGAGCUCGGUGUGGGAAAACUAUUGCAGCAGGACGGCAAACCCACGAUCGAUGCUGGCCCAAGCAAGUGUGCCAGGGUGGCCUGCAAUUACAGCGGGGCCAUAUACUGGUGCAACGACAACAACCACAACAUCACACUCGAAAACUACGAUCGACUCGCAUGGGCUGCGACUGACAUCUAUGAGAAGUGCAACACGAACCUCACGUACGAGGGUUUGACUUCUGGUCAGAACUUCUACUACGAUGAGGGCUGGAACGUUAUCGUUCGGGGGGAUACCUGCUAA